AUGGAUUAUGUCGAGAAUUUCCGGCAUAAUAUGCGCAACCAGCAGGCUCACCUCAAUCACAAUUUAGUUGCGAUGAAGAGCAUCGGCUAUGAGGUUGUGCAGACGGUCUUGCGGUUGCCUGGGUUGAUUUUGCUAGAAUUAUGGUGGCGGAAUCGUGAGAUGACGUUCGAAGAGAUUUCUCAGGAGAUGUUGACCAAGGCCCCUUUCAACUCGUAUCUCGAUAUCACCACGAUUUUGGCGUUUGUUCAUAGAAGGGAUAUGGAUCAAUCAGCGGGCUAUAUCCUUUCUUACUCUGUGCUUCUCCUCUCCGCUUUGCUGCUAACAUUGCCGUUGGGGCGUCUCCUCCGAGUUUAUUGCCAUUUUCUGGUGCUUGCCACCCUGGGGAUCGCUCAUUAUAUGAGCACAAUCUACGUACAACUCGAGCAAGAUUCUCAAGAACUCGAGUUGAAGCUGGACGACUUUGUGAAGCUCGAACGGCAUGGGUUUCAUUUUUUGGCGCAGCUCCUACUAGCCGUGAUGAACUCGUUCCUUCUCGGACUGGAAAGUGACAUGGCUCGGAUAUUUUUGACGCCAUUUACGAUCCCGAUUAUCGCCAGAAUGUGCGCGUGUCCGUUGGAGAAAUUGAUCGUCGCCCAUAACGCUGCCUGCUCGAUCGCCAUGUUCUCGGUGUGCAUCUAUAUGCUCAACCGGACGCCUCGUAUGGCCCAAUACUUCAAAAACGCUUUCCUCCAAUUGCGUGCCGUGUUCUUCAUUCAUGGGCUCGCUAUGGGCUGCGUGAUAGUCUGGCGCCGACUGCGUGUUGCCGAACUUCUGACUUGGACCUGGCUGACCAUAUUUCACGUCCGCGUUUACGUGGAGAUGUACGAGAAAGGCCGAGAAUGGCGUGAGACCGGGAGAGUGCUAUUGACUAGCAUCGCCGAAGCCACGAACACCCCAUUGUCCCUCCUCGCCCUCGCGCUGACCGUGUCUUUUCUAUGCAAGUGGAUCGUCGAUGGGGUGCAACUUGUAGUAGGGGGAACACGCGAUCACGGCCAUGUUCUGGCGAAUUCGGGAUACACCGAAGCGCUAACACUUGUGCUGCUAUGCGUCCAGACUGGCGUCCUCGGCAUGAAAACGGAGCAAAAGGCAUUUUUGCUGGGCUUGGUCUUCUUUGUCGUGAUGUCAGCGCUUCUUCAAUCGCUUUUCGAGCUGGUGGAGCCCGAGCUUCUCACGCUGGCCGCUUCGCCAUCCGUUGCUCGUGGGCGACACGUCCGCUGCAUUUUCGUGACGAUUCUCCUGUUUUUCGCGCCUAUCGUCAUGUCUACGGCUGUGACGGCGUUUUUGCCGUUGGAUUUGUGGUUCGUGAUCAUUGCGUCGAAUUGUAUCUUGACGGCCGUCCAUUCUGCUUGCACGCUGUUCAUCUACCUGAUAGGGGUGGUCGAGGCUCGUGCUUCUGAACCGUGGGAACGCAGUGACGAUCUGGUCUACAAUUGUCGCCUGGCCACCAAAAUAACGGAGCUGACGAUCGCGAUCCUUGUUUUCCUCUACGGCCUCUACACGACUUUCACCGUUGGGUGGACAUACGCCUCGCUGGGUGUCCUGCUCGUUCAUGCCGUGAUCAACAUCUACACGAGGAUCGGCGGUCUCGUAUCCUCGACGAGAUCCCGCAACGCGGCCCGUCUGAACCUCUCGCUGCUGCCGAUGGCCACCCCGGAGCAGUUAGAAAAAGCAAAAGACGACAUGUGCGCGAUAUGCUUUGGCGAAAUGGUGACCGAGGCCCGGGUCUGCCCGCUCUGCUACAAGGAGAUGAGCACCGGUCCCAAGCCGAAAGAUCCUGCCGAGGAGCCGCUGCUCGAUGCCGUGUUCAACCCGAUCGGUGCAGCUCGCGAUUUAUGGCCGUUAGGGCAAAACCCGGGCUACGAAAGCGGCUUUGACUCGGACGAGACGGACGGCAGCGAGUUCACUCUGGGCAGCAGCGACGCCGAUGAGCUC